AUGACUACUCCAGUAUAUUCUCCUACGGGACUGCCUUACCCUAUUACAGUAGAUGAAUUAAUUGCUGAUAUUGGAUCGUAUAUUAAUAAGGGGGAUAGACUGUUAGCCUACAAAUUUUGGUAUAUGGUAGAAAUUGCCCAAUCUCCUGAUGAAAAUGAUGUUAGCGCCUCAAUGACUCCAACUUUAGAUCCAUUAAGUCAAAAUAAAAAAACUAUCAGAGAGUCAAUCGAAUUUCUAGAGAGUCCCUUUGAAGGCACCCUAAUGAGUUGGAACGUCGAUGUUAAGGAUGAAAUCAUAAAACCUGGGAUCUCUAUUUGUGACGUUAAACGACCUUGUAACCAUGAUGUCGUCUAUAAUGGCCUUUGUACUAUCUGUGGUAAAGAAGUGGAUGAAAAUGAAAUCAACGCUUUGAACGGGGGUGCACAACCUGGUGAUUCGAAUAAUAAAUUAUCGGUGGUUCCACAUAUGGAUGCAAGUUUAAAGAUAAGUAGAAAUGAAGCACUAGCACUCGAUAAUGAAUUAGUGAAACGAUUGAGAAAACAGAAAAAAUUAAUUCUUGUGGUAGAUCUAGAUCAAACCGUGAUCCAUUGUGGCGUAGAUCCAACUAUAGGUGAAUGGAAAAAUGAUCCAAGUAAUCCAAAUUAUGAAACUUUAAAGGAUGUACAAGUGUUUUCCCUUGAUGAAGAACCUAUCCUCCCGUUCCUGUUUAUGGGUGAGAAGAGACCCCCUGUGAGAAAAUGCUGGUAUUAUGUAAAAGUUAGGCCAGGCUUGCAAGAGUUUUUCAAUAAGGUGGCACCUCUAUUUGAAAUGUACAUUUAUACUAUGGCUACAAGGGCAUAUGCUUUGGAAAUCGCAAAAAUCAUUGAUCCAACCGGUGAUCUCUUUGGUGAUAGAAUUUUGUCAAGAGAUGAAAAUGGUUCUUUGACUCAAAAAUCAUUGGAAAGAUUAUUCCCGACUGAUCAAUCAAUGGUACUAAUCAUUGAUGAUAGGGGUGAUGUUUGGAACUGGUCUGAAAAUUUGAUUAAAGUGGUACCAUAUAAUUUUUUCCUUGGGGUUGGUGAUAUCAAUUCAAAUUUCUUACCAAAGCAACAAACUACAAUGUUACAAUUAGGCAGAAGAUCAAGAGAUUCUAUCAACAGAAAUAACGACGGUACCAAAAUUACUAAAAGCAGCGAUAUCUCAAAGACAAAUGAGCAUUCUGAUUCAAAUCCUAAAACUGAUAUCAAUUCAAGUUCUGUAACAAAGACUGAUCAAUUGUUGAUGGAUAUUAUGGAUACUGAAAAAUUAUUAGAAAGAGAAAUUAAUGCAGAGGUAAAACGUCAGGAAGCUGAGUUAAAUAAAAAUGUUGCUACUAAAGAAGAUCAUAGUCAGCAAGUAUUGAAUCAAGCAAAGGAGGAAUGGACUAAAAGAUUACAGUUUUCUGCCUCAGUUGAAAUACAACAAAAGAAUAGGCCUUUAGCUACCUUACAGAGUCAUUUGCACGAUCAAAGAUUACUAAUAGAUGAUGAUGAUGAAUUGUAUUAUUUGAAAGACACUCUAGCAAUGUUACAUGAGAAGUACUAUAGUAUAUUAGCUGAAAAUCCAGAGAAAGCAGAUAUUAAGAAAAUAAUGCCACAACUAAAAUCGAAAGUUUUUGAGAAUUGUAAAUUUGUCUUUUCAGGAUUAAUCCCAUUGAAUACAGAUAUUCAAAAAGCAGAUAUCGUUAUAUGGACUAACAUAUUUGGCGCUCAAACCACUGCAGAUAUCGAUGAAUACACUACACAUGUUAUAACCAAGACUCCUGGGACUUAUAAGGCUCGUUUAGCUGCAGCUUUUAAUCCUGAUAUUAAAAUUGUUCAUCCCGAUUGGGUGUUUGAAUGCUUGAUAACAUGGAAAAAAGUAGAUGAGAAACCUUAUAAAUUGAUUGUUGAACAACCAGUGAGCGAUUCAGAGUUGCAAGAAUAUAAAGAUAAAUUGAAAAGAGAAGAAGAAAGAAGAGAAGAAGAAGAAGAGUUAGCUUUAAAAAAACGCUCCGAAUUGGAUAGCAAAAGAAAUAAUACAGAUAUGGCUGUAAAUCUUUUUGGAUCAGGCACCUCAUGGUUAGAUGAGGAUGACGAGGAUAUCCCUGUUGAUGAUGAUGAUGAGAAUGAGGAUGAUAACUCAGAUGAAGCUAACACAACCGUUCUGGAUGAUGUAGACAGUUCUCAAAAAGAUAAUAAGCGACCAUUAUUAUUAUUAGAUGAAUUAUAUAAAACAGAUGAUGCAUUAUUAAAGAAAUCUAAAUUUGAAGCGGUGAAAAGCGACAAGAAUAAAAAUAAAGAAAACGAUUCAGAUUCAGACUUGGAUGAGGAACUGCUAAACAUGCUGGACAGCUAA